GUAGUUAGAUAGCCAGCCUGCUAGUGCUAAGACAGGAGUUUGCUAACAGCAGCUAGCUUGCCAUCUGUCUUUGAGAGGGAAGCUGUGUUGUAUGCGGCGCAUUGUAUUUUUAUUUGCUUUGCCACCAUUGAAGCAUUGAUUCAUUUGUGAAGGAUGGACUUGAGCCGCAUUUUAUCGCAGGUGGAGAGCGACAGUGAGGAUGAAACUGUCAGGCUUUUGCAGCAAUACAACCAAGAGAAUAAUUGCACUUUCACCUUUGAUCAAAAGGAAGAGGAAAAGCGAGUUAAGCUGUGUCGGAGCCUGCUGAAGGUGUUGGGGAGGCCGGUGUCGCCCUUGUGUCUGAGCACCUGCCUGGGGACUCUCCGGAUCCUGUCCCGGGAUAAGCGGGUGUUGGGGCCCGUGGCCACGCGGGAGGGCAUGGCAGCGCUGGCCCGGCUGGCAGGGCUGCUGCCGGGCGAGGGGGCGGAGCUAACAGGGGCGGAGCCUGCAGAGGCGGGGUCAGUGGAAGUGGAGACUGGAGGGGCGGAGCCUGCAGGGGCGGAGUUGAUGGGGGCAGAUCCAGCAGAGCCAAAGGCGCAGUUGGAGGAGGAGAGGGUGGCGGUGGAGGCGCUGAAGUGCCUGUGUAACGUGGUGUUUAACAGCCCCACGGCGCAACAGGUCAGCCAGGACAUCUGUCUGGCCCGCGGUCUGUGCGCCCGCCUGGGGGCGAGCCGCGCCCCGGGGCACGAGGUGUGCCUGUUCUCCCUGCGGCUGGUCUUCCUGCUGUCCGCCCUGCGCACCGACGCGCGGAACAGCCUCCGGGGGGAGCUGCGAGCCCUGCCCCUGCUCACAGAGGUGCUGCAGCGCACCCUGGAUGUGCGCUGGGCGGGGCCCUACCAGGCCGCCACCCCCGAGCCCCAGGCCCCGCCCCUCCUGCCCCAGGCCUUCGAGCGGGCCGUGGAGGCCCUCAAAGCCCUCUUCAACCUCACCCUGUCUGAAACCAGUGAGGAGGAUGGUGCCCACCAGCUGCGCCUCAUCUCCGCCCUCAUGCGCCACCUCUUGCUGCUAAAGGCUCAGACAGACGACAAAACAGAGGAGGCCCACAGCCACGCCAUCAACCUGCUGAGCAACAUGCCGGGGUGCUGCCUGGACGUGCUGAUCGACGUGCCCCCCCGCGGCGGCCCCGAGUGGGGCGGCAAGAACAUGGAGGCCGUGCAGGUGCUGCUGGACUUCAUGGAGAAGAGGAUAGACAAGGGCACCAACUAUAAGGAGGGUUUGACCCCGGUGCUGAGUCUGCUAACAGAGAGCUGCAGACACCACAGGGAGAUCCGGAGGUACAUCAAGACCCAGGUGCUCCCCCCUCUGAAGGAUGUGAAGAACCGGCCGGAGGUGGGCAGCACGGUGCGGAACAAGCUGGUGCGCCUCAUGACCCAUGUGGACAUGGGUGUGAAGCAGAGCGCUGCCGAGUUCCUCUUCGUACUGUGCAAGGAGAGCGUGGACAGCCUGCUGAAGUACACUGGCUACGGGAAUGCUGCGGGGCUGCUGGUGGCCCGGGGGCUGCUGGCAGGGGGCCGCGGGGAGGGACAGUACUCCGAGGACGAAGACUCCGACACCGAGGAGUACAAGGAGGCCAAGCCCUUCAUUAACCCCAUCACCGGCCAUGUGGAGGAGCCCAUGCCCAACCCCAUGGAGGAGAUGAGUGAGGAGCAGAAGGAGUACGAGGCCCAGAAGCUGGUCAACAUGUUCGACAAGCUGUCCAGGCAUCAGCUGAUCACACCAAUGGGAGUGAAGCGAGACGGCACUCUAGCGCCCCUCGAGAAGACCAUCCACCAGUGCAAUGUGGAGAGCUCCAGCUCAGAUUCAGACUGAGGUCUGGCCUGUCUUCCCUGGGGAGACGGACUCCAUGCUUGCUGGCCCCCCAGGCACUGGGGCUGCCAGUGGAGUUUGCCCCAAACACUGCUUCUAGAUAAGUAUCCACUUUUACCCUGAGGUGAGGGGUGUGAUUUGAGCUGAUCUCGGAUCAGUUGCUUGGGGCAAAAUGUACGUGCAGCAGCCAGGGAGUUCCGGUGGACGUUUUAAAAUCUGAAGGAAACUUGUUGGAGACGAAUGAGACCACAGCCAUCUAAAAGACAUAAUAAAUAAGGACAUAAGACAAUUAGAGCUUCUCAGUGCUACAGUAAGGCUUGCUUCAGUUUCAGAAAAUUCUGCAUGUUUGACACAGCCCAAGGUCGCUAAUGUGACCCACUGCAUAAAUGUCUUAACCUGGAAACACAUACUGUGCUUUGGGUGAAUCUUUCACUUUCUUUUAGCAUUUCUGAUGUAUAAUCAGUAGUUUUAAAUGCCUUCACCUAUAGCGAUAAUAUUGUAAUAAUCUGCAAUUUUUUUAUGGAAAUGGAUUCUGUAUGUUCAUAUAUAACAGAUAUAACAUAUAUAAGGCAAACCACACUAAUUGCACUGCGUUACCAUUUCACAAAGUGCAUAUAUACAGCAUGUGCCAUAAGGUGGGGAAAACACGGCGAGCAGAGAUGUGUCUUUACACCAAACGCACAGGACCUGAAACACUGGUUACCUGUGAAGGGACUCUUAGGGUUAUGCGAGGGUGCCAGCCGAUAGCACCGCCCAUUAACACAUCUGCAACAGAAACGCAUCAUUUCAGACGGCACGGCAAGAGCCAGAGCGGCAGGAAACCAGCUCAGUCUGCAGCUCACAGCUCAGCUGACCCGACUGCCACACACAGCAGUGUACUGCUGUGCUAACGAGACACACACUGCCCACACGCUCAUACAGUAACCUACAGCUGCGUAGUGUGAAAUAUAACUGGUGGAGCCGAUUGGUUAUCCGCGAAUUGUAAAUGAGUGCUGACAGAUUAUGAAUACACAUUGGACAAAAGACUGUUCACACUUACUCGGUAUGCAAAUAGAAGAUACUACUCAGAACACACCUUUCUGAGGUCAGUAGUUAAUUUCAGGGGUGAAGGCUGUUCCAACACAGGUGACUCAAAGGUCGCAGAUUAUUGA